GUAUAAAUAUCACAUUCAAGAGCCUCUUUUGUUGCGGUGUCUUUCACAAAAACCUACUAUCGCCAAGUACUACGUGCUUAUCUCUCUCCCUGCCUUUCUCGAUCUCUUUCUCGCUGACACAUACACACUCUCCAUCUCUCCCCCGACUCUCUAAGAGCUACACAAACACACAACACAAGAUCGAGAUGGUUGGCACAAUGGACGAAGGGAGAAUCGGUGGGUACUUCAAGAACAAGAGCGUCCUCAUCACUGGCUCAACAGGCUUCCUUGGAAAGAUUCUCGUGGAGAAGAUACUGAGGGUCCAGCCUGACGUGAAGAGGAUCUAUCUCCCGGUGCGAGCGCCCGAUGCAGCUUCAGCCAAGCAACGGGUGGAGACUGAGGUGAUCGGGAAGGAGCUGUUUGGGCUUCUUCGGGAGAAGCACGGCAAGGGCUUCCAGUCCUUCAUCCAAGAGAAGAUCGUUCCGCUGGCUGGAGACAUCGUCUACGAGAAUUUCGGCGUGGAGGGAUCCCAGCUGAGAGAGAUGACUCAAGACAUCAACGUUAUCGUCAAUGGGGCCGCGACCACCAACUUCUACGAGAGGUAUGAUGUGGCCCUGGAUGUGAAUGUGAUGGGGGUGAAGCAUAUGUGCCAGUUGGCCAAGAAGUGCCCCAAUCUCGAGGUCAUCCUCCAUGUUUCCACUGCUUAUGUGACUGGCGAGAAGCAAGGGCUUGUCCAGGAGAGAGCCUUCAACAAGGGCGAGACCCUGAGGGAGGGCACGCAUCAGCAGCUGGACAUCGAAGCUGAGCUGAGGCUGGCCCGGGACUCCAAGAAGCAGCUGGCGGCGGAGGAGGAGGAGAGGAGGGCCAUGAAAGAGCUUGGGCUCGCGAGGGCUCGUGGGUUUGGGUGGCCCAACACGUACGUGUUCACCAAGGCGCUGGGGGAGAUGAUGCUGGGGCAGCUCCGGGGCGACAUCCCCGUCGUCAUCGUGCGCCCCAGCAUCAUCACCAGCAUCCAGAAGGACCCCCUGCCAGGAUGGAUCGAAGGGACCAGGACGAUCGAUGCCAUCCUGAUCGGCUAUGCCAAGCAGAACCUGUCCUGCUUCUUGGCCGACCUCGACCUCACCAUGGACGUGAUCCCGGGGGACAUGGUGGUGAACGCGAUGAUGGCCGCGACGGUGGCGCACGCGUCGCCGGAGCGGCGCGGGCAGCAGACGGUGUACCACGCGACGUCCUCGCUGCGGAACCCUGCGCCGUACGCGGUGCUGUACCGGACGGGGUUCCGCUACUUCAGCGAGCACCCGCGCGUGGGGAAGAACGGCGAGCCCGUGCGCGCCCGCAAGGUCCACUUCUUCAGCACCAUCGCCGCCUUCCAUCUCUACAUGGUCGUCAAGUACAAGCUCCCGCUCGAGCUUCUGCAUCUCCUCAACCUGCUGUGCUGCGGCCUCUUCUCGCACCUCUACAACGACCUCAACCGCAAGUACAGGUUCGUCAUGCACCUCGUCGACCUCUACGGCCCAUUCGCGCUCUACAAAGGAUGCUUUGACGACGCCAACAUGGAGAAGCUUCGGCUGGCAAUGGCGGUGGAGGACAGCGUGGCCUUCAACGUCGAUCCCAAGUCCAUCGACUGGGACGAUUACUUCUACAAGAUCCACAUCCCCGGCGUCAUGAAGUACGUCCUCAAGUGACGACGCGUCCGAGUGAGGUUGUAUAGAAGAUACAUAUCCAUGCAUCCUAGCUUGCACCCGCACGUAUUGCAUUGCAUUGAUUAGAUUACGAUCGAUCGAUGUGCCUGGACGUACGUACAGCAGCUAUAUUAUACGUAUUUGUGCAAGCAGCAGUAACAUGCAUGCAUGUUGUAGCAGCUAACUGCAGCUGGUGUCCAUUGCUUUCUUAUUGUGUUGUACGGUGGGGAGGAAAAGAAACUACUCCAGCUAAGUACUCCUACUAGUAUGCUGCUUUGUCAUGUUCUCGAUUUCUAUUGGUUAUUGUAUUGCCAGUCAUGGGAGAUUAAGAUGUACACUAUGCAUGGAGUAACGUUCUGUUUCUUCUUCUUGCAAUUAAUAUUUCCCUUGGUGUA